UUAAUGCAUGAAAGAAACAAUUGUGAGCUGCAACAACAAGUCGAAAACCUUCAGCUGCAGAUAAAUCAGGAGCGAAAAGAUCAUCUGGAGAAAUCAGAGGAGGACAAGGAGCAUCUAGAGAACCUGAGAGCUGAGAAGGAGGAGCUCUAUCAAAACAUGUCCAGAGAAAUCACAGUUCUGCAAAAGAGAGAGAAGCAGCUGAUAAAUGAACUGGAUCAGGUUAACUUCUUCUACGAGGAGCUAAAAUGUAAAUAUGAAAGAGACAUUAUGGAUAUCCAGCAGCAGGCUGAAACGUACCAGCAGGAGAGAAAAGCUCAGCUGGAGAAAUCAGAGGAGGACAUGGCGCGUCUAGACAAUAUGAGAGCUGAGUUUGCCGUCCUCCAAGAUAAAACAACAACUGAGAUUCAAUUCCUUCAGGACAAGGAAAGGAGUGUCCAGGCUGAGUUGGAGAAGAUUAAGAGUUUGUACCUGGAGUUAAACCGGCUGUAUGAAACUGAUGUCACUGCAUUAAAACAGGAAGCAGCAAAAUACCAGCAGGAGAUGAGUUGUACGAUAAAUGAUUUGGACAGAGAAAGAGAGGAUGUACUGCUGCCCGACACUGUGACAGCUGAGGAAGAAGAUCUCCAUCAAAAACACGUCCCAGUUUUCAAAGAGGAGAAAGACUCACAGAACCAAGUCAACCUGGUUAAAGUCUUCAGUCCAGAGGUUUCUUCGGAGGAGGAACUCUCAGAAAAAACCUCAUCAAGUUGUUCCAAGGGUCCAGAAUCCACAGGAGAAACUGAGAUUGCUGGACAAACCAUCCUGGAGGAUUUAAACAAUCCAGACACUAAAACCCUGCAGGAUGAGGAGAAAGACGUGAGAGGUCUGUGA